GUGAAUCCAACUUAAUUAAAAGCCAAAUUAAACAAUGAACACCCAUUUGCUUCUAUACAAACCCCUUCGUAUCUCCAUGGAAUCUUAGCACAGAAAAGGUUCAGAGUUCGAAUCCUGUCUGCGAAAAAGAAAAACGUUAAAAAACUUUCAGUGCGUAUACUUCCAGUUCUGCAUUUUUAAAAAACUUUCAGAAUGCCAUUUGUUGAACUAAUGGCGAACAUAUUACAAUUGACGGCGUGGGAGGACGAAGCGUACCCUUCAAAGAACGAUCUUUUGGCGGUGCCUCUGUUUGCACUGUUCUUUCCUGCAGUUAGAUUGUUCUUGGACACUUUUGUUCUCGAGAGGCUAGGGAGGUGGCUUGUGCUGGGAUCUAGGAAAGGUUUAAGUGAAAAUGAAAUAGAGGAUCUCAAAGAACGCCACACAAAAUUUAAAGAAUCUGCUUGGAAGUUAUUGUAUUACUUUGUAGCAGAAUCAUUGGCAUUGGUUGUGACUUACAAUGAGCCAUGGUUUACAAGCACACGGAACUUUUGGGUUGGCCCUGGCGACCAGAUUUGGCCAGAUCAAAAAGUAAAGACAAAGUUAAAGCUCCUUUACAUGUACGUAGCGGGUUUCUAUGCGUACAGUAUUGUUGCUUUAGUUUUCUGGGAGACAAGACGAUCAGACUUUGGAGUGAGCAUGUCUCAUCAUGUGGCAACUUUGAUUCUCAUUUUAGCAUCAUAUAUGCUAAGGUUUUCAAGAGUUGGUUCUGUUGUUUUGGCGAUUCAUGAUGCAUCUGAUGUUCUUUUGGAAGUAACCAAGAUGCUCAAAUACACUGGUUCUACCUUCAUACCUAGCAUUUGCUUUGUCCUUUUUGCCAUUUCAUGGAUCAUGCUUCGCCUUGUAUACUUUCCCUUCUGGAUUAUCUGGAGCACAAGUUAUGAAGUUAUUCUUUGUAUAGAUACAAAGAAACACAAAAGAGAAGGUCCCAUUUAUUACUACAUCUUCAACACGCUCCUCAUAUGUUUACUCGUCCUUCACAUUUAUUGGUGGGUUUUGAUCUACCGAAUGCUUGAACGGCAAAUGAAGGCAAGAGGCAGGAUUAGUGAAGACGUCAGAUCAGAUUCUGAAGAUGACAAAGAAGAUUGAACUUUUCUAAAGGAGCAAUAUUCUGAGGGAUCAGAAUGGAGGAGUUAUUCUUGGAAUGUUUGUCAAAUGGGUUUUUGGUGCUGAUAUCAAAUGUAUGCACCAUCACACAUUAUUAUCAUGUAACAAUUAUGGAAUUCUGUUUGUGAGUUACCGCAUUGAAGAUAGCAAGCGAAUGCAAGAGUAGUUGUCUAGUCUGCAGCUUUAGUUAGCUGAAACAAUAUUAUUGGAAACCAAAAAUGUAUCUGGCUUUGUUUAUUGAAUGGAAGUUUCAAUGUGACUCCAUGGGGUGUAAGUUCUCACUAACUUGUAUUUCAAGUUCUUGACUUCUGAGUUUUGAAGAUAUUGUGCAUGGUUUUCAUGUCACGCAAUGGGCUCAUUCCAUUGCAUGUUUCAUCAAAUCCUGUCAUCUUAGAAUUGUAAUUUCUAACCCCUUUUAACAUUGCUGGCUUGUCCUGAUCCUACUGUGCUCUCAGAUGCAAGUGUUAAGAAGGUGUAAUGAUUUCUAAUCAUUUUUGGGGUAUUGAAAAUUUGAUGCUUAAAUUUAUUGCAAAGCAUCAAAUUUUGAACAAUAUGUUUGCAGAGUUGGAUUAAUACCCAGAAGUAGAACUGAGUGAUGUGUGAA